AUGAAGGGCCGUCGGUCCCACGAGAAUCUGAGGCCGUGGCCGGUCAACCGCCACCUUGGUCCCGGAGAUGAAGCUCGCGCGGAAGAGAAAGUGACCCCCGCAGAAGUGGUGACAGAGAUCGACGAGCUUAUGGAUGCCUCGAAGUUUGGGAUUUUGGAGUGGAGGAGGUCUCUUCAAAAUGGAAAUUUCGAAAAUUCUGCAAGUUGGCUUUUCGCCUAUAAACGCCUCUUUUGAUUAACUGAAAAGGGGGUCCCAAAAAUAUGUAGGAAAAAUAGCCACCCGUGCUAGAGCAUUCGCGCUCUACUGAUAAAAAUUUCUUUUGGUUCCAUGUAAGAAAUUUUUUGAACCAAAACUGUAGGGAAAAAGUUCAAAAAUAAAAAUAAAAUAAAAAAACGAAGCUUGAAAUGCUUGAAAAGCCAUUUAGCGUAAAACUUUGGAAACUUUAGCUUCAAUUAUUACUUUUUUUAAAAAGCCUUUGUGAUAAUAAAUUAAAGUUCGGGUCAGUCGAGAUUUUUUUGAUUCCACUAGAAAAAAACAUCCGUUUUUUGUUUUCCGAACGCUUUCGACAGGAAAUCCUGAAUAACUUACAUGCAGUAGAAUGAAUCCGUAAACAGUAAAAGAGGCUGAGAAUCAGUUAUUUUUGGUCUAAUUUUUCAUAGAUAGUUUAUUCACUGCCAUUAUUUAACAUUUAAAAAAAAUUUUUAAAAAAAAUAAUUGAAGAAUAGAUGAUCAAGUGAAGGAAUAGGCAGAGAAAUAACAAUACACGGGAAAGAGUCAACCCCAACGAGUUGACGGGUACCCGGAAAUAUGGCAAAUUCACAGGAGACGAGAGGGGAUAUUUUAUUUCUUAG